AUGAAGAUUGAACUACUUGCCUUCUUGUGCUCAGCUCUUGUUCCAGCUGCCACCACAGCGUUGGAGAGUUGGACUUUUGCUGAAGUUGAUGCGGAGGUUCCCAUCGCUGUUUCCGAUCACUCUGGGGUCCGCUCGCCAGAUAAUGGACUCGUCUACCUUGCCGGUGGUUGCGACCACCCCAGCGGAAAUGUUUGGAACGCCGAUUUCGCAACUUUCAUUUGUGACAGUAUCACUGAUGCCUUCUUCGCCUUUGACCCUGCCACAAAGACCUUUGAGACGUUGGAGAGCCUUCCCCGUCCUCGCUACCGUCACUCUAGCGCCAUUGUUGACGGUAAAGUGUUUCUGUUGGGAGGACGUACCUUGUUCGAUGAUCUGAUUCCUGAGAUUGAUAUGUACGACAUUGCCACCAAGACCUGGAGCACUCCCAGCAGCUUACCUGCCGAAUUCGCGGUUUCUGACCAUGCAGGUUUUGGGAGCAGCGAUAUCUACAUCGCUGGAGGUUACGACCAAAACUAUACUGCCAUGAGCCGCGUCGUCAAGAUUAGUGGUGAUGGGCAGACCUUCACCAGGGUCGGAGAUUUGCUUGAAGAACGUGGAGACGUUUUCGGUGUUGCCACCAAGGAUGGAACCAAGGCUUACGUCGCCGGGGGAUUUACCCAUACGAACUGGUGCAAGCCCUUGACUUCUGCUGAAGAAUACGACUUCAGCUCUGAAACAUGGACCUCUCUUCCCGACCUAGUUGAUGCUCGUGGUGAGAUUCUGCUCGUUGAAAACAGGGGACACUUGUACGCCAUUGGUGGCGAGGGUCCUCUCGACGAAGGAGUCUGCGCCUCCAAUAACUAUACCAUCGCUACGAAGACUGUGGCCACCGAUCGCAUUGAAAUUCUCAACGACGGUGAGACCGCAUGGAAGAUCCUUGAGGAUUUUCCCGAGGAACGCUUCCGUUUCGCUGCCGUUGGUGUCGAAGAAGACGAUGUUAUUUACACCUUUGGUGGACAAGUCAAGUUCGACGAUAGUUGUCAGUGCUUCAAGACUACUAAUAAGGUCUUUGUCUACGGAAAGCCUGAGGAUGUUGCGGAUAAGGGAACCAUCGUUGAGGCUGAUUCCGGAAGCGCCAAAUCCCAUUACGCCGCCGUUGCUAUUUUUGCCCUCGGUCUGGUUGUUACUUUGUUCUAA